AGAUAUUGAGAAUAAACACCUUCAAUGAGGCAAUGCAGCGGUAAGAUAAGGUGUGCGGUUGUGCGUCUGCGUCAGGGAGGAUGGGGGUAAGUGAGGGAGUUGAAAUGAAGGGAUCUUGCUGUUGCCUGGCUACCGGCGGGAGCUGUUCAGUCGCUCUUGUCUCCAGCCACCUCUCCCACACGAGCAGCCUGCAUCAGUCAAUGAGUACUGCAUGUGCUCUCUUUCUCACCCCCACUUCUACACUUACACGCAUACGUGCUGUUUUGCUAACGCAGAGCCACGGUCGGCUUUGCAUCUGUGAAUGGGAGAGGAGAGCAGACAUGGAAAGCCUGUGCUGGUUUAGCACAUAUCACAAUGAACCAAAGGUAAAGAUGUCUCAGGUGAAGCAGGUCGGCCUGUUGGCUGCUGGAUGUCAGCCCUGGAAUAAAGAUGUGUGUGCUGCCAGUGGGGACAGGUUUGCAUAUUGUGCCACACUCGCCAUAUAUGUGUACCAACUUGAUCACAGAUACAACGAGUUUAAACUGCGGGCAAUCAUGUCUGAACACAAGAAGACCAUCACAGCCAUAUCAUGGUGCCCACACAACCCUGAUAUGUUUGCCAGUGCCAGCGCAGAUAACCUGCUCAUCAUCUGGAAUGUGGCUGAGCAGAAGGCUGUUGCACGCCUGGAUAACACUAAAGGUAUCCCAGCCUCCAUAAGCUGGUGCUGGAAUGCUGGUGACAGUGUUGCAUUUGUAUCCCAUCGUGGUCCUCUGUACGUAUGGACCAUCUCUGGGCCUGACUCAGGAGUCACAGUGCACAAGGAAGCCCACAGUUUCCUUUCGGAUAUCUGCUUGUUCCGCUGGCAUACACUGAAGAAGGGAAAAGUCGUGUUUGGACACACUGAUGGAAGUCUGUCAAUCUUUCAACCAGGUUCCAAGAAUCAAAAGCAUGUGCUGCGACCUGAGUCCUUAGAAGGCACAGAUGAAGAAGAUCCAGUCACAGCACUAGAGUGGGAUCCUCUCAGCACAGACUACCUGCUGGUGGCUAACAUGCACAAUGGCAUCAGACUGUUGGAUUCUGAGUCUCUGUCCUGCAUUACUACCUUUAGUUUCCCAAGCGCUGCUGCUUCCGUGCAGUGCCUGGCCUGGGUGCCCAGCGCUCCAGGCAUGUUUAUUACAGGAGACUCUCAAGUUGGUGUGUUGAGAAUAUGGAAUGUAUCGAGAGUGACACCGCUGGAUAACUUCAAGCUUAAGAAAACCGGCUUUCAUGCACUUCAUGUAUUAAACUCUCCGCCUGCAAAGAAAUCAUUUAGCUCAAAUUCCCCUUCCAAGAAUCACUACACUUCCUCCACUAGUGAGGCUGUGCCUCCACCGACUCUUUCACAGAAUCAGGCCUUCUCCCUCCCGCCCGGUCACGCUGUCUGCUGUUUCAUGGAUGGAGGGGUGGGACUGUAUGAUAUGGGCACCAAAAAGUGGGAUUUCCUGCGUGAUCUGGGUCAUGUUGAAACCAUCUUUGACUGUAAAUUUAAGCCAGAUGAUCCAAACCUUCUAGCUACAGCUUCAUUUGAUGGGACGAUAAAGGUGUGGGACAUAAACACUUUAACUGCUGUAUACACAUCACCUGGCAAUGAGGGAGUGGUUUACUCUCUGUCCUGGGCCCCUGGAGACUUAAACUGCAUAGCAGGAGCCACAUCCAGGAAUGGUGCCUUUAUUUGGGACGUGAAGAAGGGGAAAAUGAUCACAAGAUUUAAUGAGCAUGGGAAGAAUGGUAUUUUUUGUGUAGCUUGGAGCCACAAAGAUUCCAAAAGAAUAGCCACAUGCAGCGGAGAUGGGUUUUGCAUAAUUCGAACCAUUGAUGGUAAAGUCUUGCACAAAUACAAACAUCCAGCAGCAGUGUUUGGCUGUGACUGGAGUCAAAAUAACAAAGAUAUGAUUGCAACUGGCUGUGAAGACAAGAAUGUUAGAGUUUAUUAUUUGGCCACCAGCUCAGAUCAGCCACUAAAAGUCUUUACGGGUCACACAGCCAAAGUAUUUCAUGUACGUUGGUCACCCCUCAGAGAGGGCAUACUGUGUAGUGGAUCAGAUGAUGGAACUGUUAGGAUUUGGGACUACACCCAAGAUGCCUGCAUUAAUGUGCUGAGUGGCCACACGGCUCCGGUUCGGGGUCUGAUGUGGAACACAGAGGUACCAUACCUGUUGACCUCAGGGAGCUGGGACUACACCAUCCGUGUCUGGGAUACCAGAGACGGCACUUGUCUAGACACUGUAUAUGACCACGGAGCCGAUGUUUAUGGUUUGACAUGUCACCCCAGCUGUCCGUUCACAAUGGCUUCCUGCUCCAGAGACUCAACAGUCAGGCUUUGGUCACUCACUCCUCUAAUUGCUCCCUUAAUGGUCAACAUUCUUACUGACCACAGCUGGGAUGAUAUCAUUGGCAACACUGAUCGUGCUAUGGUUCCCGGAGCCCCUCCCCUUCUGUGUGGAAAAGUUUCUAGAGAUAUCAAACAGGAGCUGGAUAAACUCACCAGCGAUGUUCGCAUGAAGAAGCUCAGAUGGUUUUCAGAGUGUUUUUCUCCACCAGGGGGGAGUCAAAACUUGUGGGACCUUGUUGCUGUGAUCAACGGCCAAGAUGAUAGCCUUCUCCCACAGAACUAUGGGCAGGGUAUUGUGCAUAUGAAACACCUGGUUCGCUUCAAAACUUCUGAAGCACAGGAAUUGACCAUAGUAAAGAUGUCAAAGUUUGGAGGUGGAAUUGGAGCCCCCAGUAAAGAAGAGCGACUAAAGAAUGCAGCAGAAAUCCACAUCAGGCUGGGUCAAAUCCAGAGAUACUGUGAGCUUAUGGUGGAACUGGGAGAGUGGGAAAAGGCUCUUUCUGUCGCUCCUGGUGUUUCCAUGAAGUACUGGAAGAAGCUUAUGCAAAGGAGAGCGGACCAGCUCAUGCAGGAAGGCAAUGACGACGUCAUCCCGUAUUGCAUCGCCACUGGCGAGGUGAAAAAGUUGGUGAAUUUCUUCACCUCUAGAGGUCAGGUGAAAGAAGCUGUGCUGGUGGCUCAGGGUGCUUGUGAAGGAAAUAUCCGUGGACCUCAGGUCAUGCCAAUAAACCACACUGCAAAUUCAGACAAUGACAACAUAGAGAAGUACUGCGGGCUUUUGCAUCGAGUGUGUAAAGAGCUGGCGGAGUGGUAUUUCCAAGAUGGCCGCGCUGUGUUGGCGGCCUGCUGUCACCUGGCUGUAGACAAUUCUGAACUGGCUAUGGCCUCACUGAUCAGAGGCAAUGAGUUGGAACUUGCAGUAUGUGUGGGCAAAGUCCUGGGAGAAUCAGCCAGUAAAGCCACCCACUACGUUCUGGAGCUCCUGGCCAGGAAGUACAUGACCACUGCCACAUGCUUUCCAUCUGUGGCAUGCAGGGAUCUUGCAGCCAGAUUACUUCAGAUGAUCCCUGAUAAUGAAAUCCUGUUAGCCAAACUGUGUGCCUUCUACCCUGGCAGCUCAGCUGAAAUCAACGACCUGCACGAAAAGUGUGGUCUACCGACAUUAGAAGAAUGUAAAGAGCUUGCUGAGAGUGCUUAUGCUGAUGGGGAAAUCUUCCAAGCAGUAAAGUAUUACCUCCUGAGCCAAGAACCAGAAAAGGCUCUUCCCAUUGGAAUAUCAUAUGUCAAAGAGCAGCUGAGCUCUCCUGACUGGACUGUAGACUCUGUAUAUCACAUUUUAGACCUACUGAGCUACGUCAGAACCGACCGUCUUAUUCUCCCAAAGUGUAGUGAAGAGCGCAAUGAAUUGCUGAUUCUCUGUGGAUAUAUUGGUGCACUUUUAGCCAUUGGGAGACAGUAUUCAAGUAUAGUGCCUGCAUUGUAUGAAUACACAAGUCAGCUGCUGAAGAGAAGGGAGGUGGCUGUGCCUUUGCAGAUCGAGCAGUUGUCUGUAGAGUUGGAGGCCUGGAGAGCGUGCACUCAAUCUCUAAAAGCGCCAGAUGAAAGCUUGUACACUUCACCGUCUGAGGUCCAGAAACUAGAGUACAACCAGCUGUUGAGUCGGAUGAGAGAGGAGCCCAUCAAUGGCCUAGAGGGUCCUGACUAUGUCACCGGUUCCAACCUGCCCAGUCACUCUGAUGUCCAGAUUUCCUGCUUCACAGGCCUCAGGAUACAGGGUCCCAUGUUCUUCCUGGAGGAUGGCAAAUCAGCCAUUUCUUUAAAUGAUGCCCUUAUGUGGGCGAAGGUGAACCCAUUCUCUCCGCUGGGAACGGGUAUACGCCUUAACCCCUUCUGAGCACAAAUGAAUGUGAACAGUAUUCUUUCUGGUCCGGCUCUGGUAAUUCAGCAUCUGGUAGCAGAACAACACUCCAACAUUUUUUGAGGCUUUGCCUUGAUUGCUCACCUCAAUGUGCUUCAUGAUGUGCUUAUUACAGUAAGACUUGCAGAGCAUAUGCAAAGAAUCAGAUUAGCAGUCUUGUGCAUUGCCAUUUGUAACAUCUAAGUAACAUUACGGAAAUUCUGUGCUGGAUGCGCUGAUGAAUCUUAUACAUGAAGUGGGACAAUUAUUGACACAGACGGAUUAUGAUGUUACAUUUAGGUAUAAGGGUUGAAAUAGCCAAAAGGAUUUCUCAAUUCUAGCUGCUAUUUAGUUGGUGUACACGUCAUUAUUAAGGUCAAGCUUUUGGAUCAUGCACUCUUAUGAAUGUUUUGUAGAGCUAACUUAUUUUUCAAGACUUGAGUACAGUAAGAGGUAUUUAUCUGUACAUGUUUUUUUUUUCUUUCAUUUUGCUGCUUUAACAUACUGU